AUGAACAAAAAAAGCUAUUUUAUAUCUCACCAUAAUCAUCUUAGUAUACAUAGAAAACAAUUGAAGCAAAAGGAGGAGCAUAAUGCUCUUACUGUCCAACAAUAUACUCAACAGUUGAAGCAGAAAUCUCUAGAACUCCAAAUUGCAGAUUUAAAGCUUCAGCAACAUGAAGAAAAGUUGGUGAAAGAACAGUCCCAAAUGAAGAUGUAUGCAGAACAAGUGUCUCAGUUGUUGGCAACUGAAAAGAAUUUACGGUUACAGUUAACUGCUGAUGGUGAAAAAUUCCAGCAGUUCCAGGAUGCAUUGGUGAAGAGCAAUGAGGUUUUUGAAACAUUUAAGCAAGAAAUCGAAAAGAUGGGAAAAUCGAUAAAGGAACUGAAAAAGGAAAAUAGUUUUCUAAAGGGGAAGAGCGAGAAGUCAGACAUGAGUCUUAUACAACUUGUGGAGGAGCGUGAACGCAUGAAGAAGCAACUGGAGAAAACCAAGAAUCAAAAAGAAAAGCUUGAAUCACUAUGCAGAUCACUUCAAGCAGAGAGGAAGCAGCACAAUCCAACAACUCCUACUCCUACUCCUACUGCUGCUGCUGAUGAUUCGCUCCCUGUUUAAAGGACAAGACACUGUUAAAAACACACUUUUGAGGUUUUGUUUUCUGAAUCCAAUUGUUUUCUUGGCACGUGGA